GUCCGACUCGGAGACAGUCUGGCCCUGCUACUAGUUCUAGCCAGCCAUAUCACUGGACUCCAUUACACAGCUGGACGAAUAGCCUGGCUGGAAAACAUAGGAAAGAAGCAUCGCGUAUCAGUUAACUGUGGUCAUGUCUUCAUGAACAGUGGUCCACGUUGCCCCUCUGUUGCCCCAUAUGAAAAUGACCAACGCUGUCCGCCUGUGCAUGUGACCUCCACGACCAAGAGUAGCACAUGAUUCAGCCCAGCUGAGUGGUGAACAGGACAGCAAAACUGCCCACCCAUCGGUUACUGGACACGCCUUGAAUUUCCAAGAUCCAAUGGCACACGCCAGAGGUCCGUGUAUAUCCUUUUAAUACAGAAAAGAAAACCAUUCCAGACUGUUACCACAGAAAGCCUCCCGAUUUGAGCCAUGGCAAACAAGUCGUCCCUGCUGAAGGUAAUUUUGCUCGGAGAUGGCGGCGUGGGGAAAUCCUCCCUGAUGAACCGUUACGUGACCAACAAGUUUGACACUCACUUAUUCCACACCAUCGGCGUGGAGUUCCUCAACAAGGACCUGGAGGUGGACGGCCACAUGGUCACGAUGCAGAUAUGGGACACGGCGGGCCAGGAGCGCUUCCGCAGCCUCAGGACUCCCUUCUACCGGGGCUCCGACUGCUGCCUGCUCACCUUCAGCGUGGACGACAGCCAGAGCUUCCACAACCUGGGCAACUGGAAGAAGGAGUUCAUCUACUAUGCGGACGUCAAGGAGCCCGAGACCUUCCCGUUCGUGGUGCUGGGCAACAAGCUGGACGUGACUGAGCGCCAGGUGUCCGCGGAGGAGGCAAGGCAGUGGUGCCAGGAGAAUGGGAACUACUCCUACUACGAGACCAGUGCCAAGGAUGCCACCAACGUGGCGUCGGCCUUCGAGGAGGCCGUCAAGCGGGUACUGGCGAUGGAGGAGCGGGGCGAGCAUCUCAUACCCACAGACACGGUCAACCUGCACAGGAAACCCCGCUCCGGUGCUGCCUGUUGUUAACUGUGGAAGAGACCUAAGAUAUAUGGCAAAAAAGAACUAGCAAAAAAAGUCCCAUGGCAUGGCGUGCUGCCCCCACAUCUCACACACAUAAUAUCAAUGCUUAUUGCACAUGGACAGACACACUAAUAAGCACUGGAUGGUUUCACUUGGUGACAUUCCAUUGAACUUUAACUCAGAAGCGUUGGGGCCGGAGCCCCUGAUCAAGUUGUCAAUGCUGAUAUGAAGGGUAGACCACGGAUCAGUGUAAAAUGUUUAAUUGAGAGCCUGAAACAAAAUUACUGAUCAGCAUUUGACGUGUUAUGAUGAGCACUAUAUUCUCUAAUAUUGUAACAAUGACAAAUUGUAUUAAAUAUAUUUUAAGUAAUUUCAAUUCCUCUAACUUAAAGAUAUAUAAUAUAUCCUGUUUUGGUGAAGGCAUUUUUACACUGUUAUUAAAAUGUACAUUUGUGGUGUAGGAUCAAGUGCCAAAAUGUGAUGGAACAACGGAUGGCAUUGUUGUAAAGAAUUCUUGAUUUCAAGGAAUUAGAUCACUUUGUAUAAAACUACUGUUCCCAUAGGUGCAGAGAGAUUAAAACAACUAUGACACAAA